AUGCUAGUUCUGCUCGGAGAGACUCGCCUUGACUACUCCGGUUGCCUGGAUCACCUUUCCACUUUAUUCGCUGGUUUCGCGGCUGACACCACCUGUCCACCUGCAGCCUUUGUCCUCUGCGGCAAUUUCAUUAACCCUCAGGCUGGAUUGAUCUCUGGACCUGGCAGACGCAUCUGCCUGUUGCGGCGCUUGCUGGGCCAAUUACUUCAACUGUUCCUGCAUCAUUUCCCUCACCUCAAUACAGGCCGACCGGGCACCACUUCAUCGGCAUCUCGCGUCAAUCAGAGGCCCCAGCUGGUGCUUGUUCCGGGACCAAAUGAUGCGCUUCCUGCUCCAAACAUAAUCUACCCUCAGCCCGGUCUCUCGGCCAGCCUUUUUUUGCCACCCGAUCUCCUUCAGCCUGCUCAAGAAAAUGGGUUCGAACCUCGGCCACCCACUUGGCUUCACCUAGUCAGCAACCCUUGCCGACUGAGUCUUUAUACUCGGGAGAUUGUCAUCUUUCGUUCUGACUACUCUCGCCAACUGAUCCGCCAUUGUCUACAUCUUCCAUCAGCGGCAUCUGUUCUGUCUGAUCCAGAGACCUACGCUUUUAACCAGCCAGAUUUGGAUCAGUCCGGAGAAAAAGAAGAUCUAAAUGAAAAAUCUCCCAUCUUAGCACCAUCGCAGCCAGACAGUGUAAGUUUGCAUCCUCUACCUAAGACUUUGACAACAAAACUGUGUGUUUAG